CCUCCCCCUUUCACAGCACAUCAGAAUAGACAAUUCUAUUCCAGACUGCUGUAGAGGCAUGCUCUCAAGGAGCAGCCAGUUCCCCCCUGAAUAGUGCCCGGGAAUGAUGGACCCUUCACCCCAGGCUGGCUCAAACAGUGUCACCGUUGAAUAUACUGAUCCCUCGGGGCUCUUUUCGUCCGUCCAGCCUGCCAUCGCAAACAAACUACCGCUCAAGAAUCUCCACUGGAAAUCUCCCACCCGCCCCGUUCGAUCUAUCGAGUCGCUCCGCAUCGGGUUCAUCCCCGCCAAACAGGAUGCAGACGAGCGCAAAUCCUCCAGCGACACCGCUCGAGGCGCCGUAACGCAUCGUCGCCACCAAAUCCCAGGCUUGCGGCAAACCCCAUACCUUAAGAUCUACAUCCUCCGGUGCGACGAUAAUGACACCUACAAGAACACAGCGCGCAAGGCACUCCGGGAUUGGAUCAAGUCACAUGGCUCGUCGUCAACAUCUAACACUGCUGCUACUACUACUACCACGGCUAUCAGUAGCCAGGAGAAGCACGACGCGUUCGAGUGGCUCAUUCUGCAUGUAGUCCAGGACGGAGAUGGGACGGAGAAGGCAGCACCGACUUCGAAAUGGGGUCGCACAACCACAACGGUGCUGGAGAAGGUAAAGGCAGAUUUUAACGGAUCUUCGAAGUCUGCUGUGGAUCGGGUUGCGCAGCUGCGGCUUCCGAAGCCGGAGAGUCCCCCCCAGAGACCUUCUCCUGAUAUGGCGGAUCAGAUUGAGGAUUUUGUGGAGAAGAUGAAAAAUGGGAUUUUGGCAUCGUUCGAUCUCCGUGUGGCUCAGUACGAGGAGGAUAUCAAGGAAAAGGAUUCUCAGCGGAGUUUGCCGGGUUGGAACUUCUGCACGUUCUUCAUACUCAAGGAGGGUCUCGCGAGGGGCUUUGAGAAUGUUGGACUCUUUGAAGACGCGCUGCUAGGGUAUGACGAGCUGGCUGUGGGACUGGAUACCGCUAUUCACGAGCAGUUGGAGGGCUCUAGUGAACAGCAUGGGAAUGCUUUCUUAAUGCACAGUCGGGACUGGCAGGAGAAGGCUAAAGCUGCACUUGAUACUCCGGUAGAACCGACGCAAACGGAGGGUGGGGAUGGAGAGCUGGUCCCAGUCCCGGAAAUUGAUGCAGUGGACUUCCCCAUAGACCCGGCACGGAAGUCCUACCGGGAGAUGAUUCUGGCCAGCAAUAUAUCCAUUUUUGAUUUCCGAACCUAUGUCUUCUCUCGACAGCUAACCCUGCUCCUCAGGGCUUCAAGGGCACCCUCGCUGGCUGGGGACGAGACAGAAACAAGCCGGAGGUUGGCUAAGAGUGACAAGAAACCGGAAGACUUGAUGCUGCUCGGCGAAGUCUGUGAGCGGGCGACUGAGUUCAUCGGUCUCGCCGCGCGAACGCUUAGAUCUGACUUGGAAAUCGGUCUGGUUAAGGAGGACAAUGCUGCAAAGUCGGAGAUUAUCAGCAAUCUUGUGUCAUCUUGGGCGUAUGCCGCUGCAUCCCAGAUUCUAGCCCAAACCUUUACCCCAGCUCUGACGCUGCCCGAGUCUUCUUUACAUGCUGGGGAAGCCGGCGCAGAUACAAAACCACAGGACAUCCCGAAACGCACAAGUUCGCUUAUUACCACGCCUACAUCUCGACAAUCUCGUCCAAUGACUUCGGAGAUGAUAUCCACCGACGGCCUCUCUUCUGUUCAUGCGCGACCCGGCUACGAAGGGCCGAAACUUACCCCUAAAACGGGCUCUGAGCAGCUGGCUUCCGGGAGAGGUGAAUUGCUAUUGAUGGCCCGAAGACUCCUUGAAGAAAUUGCUGGUCGAUGCGGAUGGCAGGAAAAGUGGUCGGAUAUGGGUCUUCUCUUCGACGAUAGGAACUCGGAUUCAGGAAACAUGGCCGAAGUUUCUCUUGAUGAUGAGGCCCCACGGCCAACACAAGAGCCGGAAGCCCGCCAUUCUCUCCGCGGUAUCGACUUGCCUGCUCUCAAGGCUGCUCUUGCUUCCAGGAAGUCUUUCCGUUCACAUUAUGAGGAGCUUACGGAUCGAAUGUUCCGACACCAUAUCGCAGCCAACCGCAUAUAUUCGACGCAGAUGGCCCUGGCUGAUAUGGCUCUUUUACGAUUCCGGCAGAGUGAUUACGGUGCUGCAGCUUCGUAUUUCCAUCAGAUUGCUCCAUUCUACGGCAACAAGCACUGGAGUGUUCUCGAAGGAGUAAUGCUCGAAAUGUACGCACGGUGCCUUAAGGAAUUGGAACGGACCGAGGAGUAUGUACGGAUGAUGCUCCGCCUGCUGGCAAAGUACGCUGCGCAUACGCAGUCUCAGUUAUCAAGCCGCCAGAAAACCAUUGAUGCAUCUUCGAUCUUUGCUGAAGAGGCGCUAGUCUCUGAGUAUGUUGAGGAGUUAUUCCAGGCUUCAAGUGCGUUGCAGAAGGAGGUUUCUGCUUCUUUGACCGAUUUCUUUGCCGACCUACACGUGAAGCCCGCGAUUCUUCAUUAUAAAGACAGGGAUGGAUUCCAGCUACAGCUCUAUCUACGAUUCCUUCUAGGAAAGCGAAUUGAUAUCGAUUCGAUCAAAAUUCGACUUGUUAGCGAUAGCUCCCAAAGUAGCGAGCAUUGGAUUGAAGCACUAACCAAAACGACUGUCAAGUCUUCGUCAACCAAAAUUUUGGUCGAUUCAUCGACAAUGCUUCAUGGGAAAUAUUUUGUUGAUCGUGUGGAAAUGCGAGCAGGCAACAUCCUUUUCACUUUAAGCGUUGGAAAACAUCUAACUCUACCAGUUGGAUUCAGGGAAUCUGUCGACGCAGAAGAAGGGGACACCCGGUCAUACAUCUACUGCUACCCGCCCCCGGAGGGCCUACAGGCAAAGAUCGAAUCGCCUCGCCUAGUCAACCUGGAGGGCAUGCGCACGCUAGAGCUGGAACUCAACAGCGGUUGGAACGACAUCAGGGCGGGCACUCUCCGCGUGCGGCCGGCCACGGCCGGGCUUCGACUCCGGAUUGCAGAAGCAGAGGUGGUAGAGGGUGAGGUCAAGAUCCAAGCAAACGGGGAGACCGGGAAUAUUGAAUUCAACCAGCUAGGGCGCAACUCGCGUGUUCGGUUCCGGGUUCCGUACACGGUCGAGGAGCACCCACCGACGCUGUCUGCAAGGGCAGAAGUUACUUAUGAGACGGAUCAAGGACAGUUCGCUUACUCCUCGGCGCAUACCAUUGUCUCGGCGCUUCCGAUCAGUGUCAAUGUGCAGGAUGUCUUUAAACAGAAUGUACUCUUCUCUCGAUUCACCAUCAGUCCAGCUACGAUGAUCCCGCUUUGGCUGUCGAAAUGCAGUAUCCCCAGCUCCGAUGUCUACCAGGUACAGUCGAACGUCGGGGAGAAAGUCGCGAUGCGCGUAUUUCCCAAGCAGCCCGCCUCACUGCUCUACAAGAUUCAACCGCGCGAAGACAGCAUCGUUUCUCCGGGAUCGAGACGUUCUCUCCGCCUUAGUGUUGAUUUUACGUGCAUCGACGACGAGUGUUUGGAUACAGUGGAGAAGACGUUCAAAGCAAGCAUCUCGGCCAGUGAAUAUGCACAGUAUACCACCUUACUGACUUCGCAUAUUGUCGAUGCCUUCCGCACGCAGCUAUCGACAUCGGAGAUGGAAGUCAUUGGACUUGUUCGCGAGAUCGAACUCUUGUCCUAUGCAGCUGUUCGGUGGGAGAACCUGCUGAGCGCAUUAAUGGAGCCCAUGGAUGGAUUAAGAACCUGGCUCAAGGAGUGGCAUAGCGACCAUCCGAUUCUCACGCUUCCUAAAGAGCCCUCCCAGGCACAGCGCCACAUGAUCAUCAUCCCUGUGGACAUUCCCGAGAUCCAGGUAGUCCACACCGCUGAACUACGGCUCACUAAUCUGCCAGAGGCGCAACCCAGACACGCCGCGGUGGGUCAAACCAUCACCGCUGAACUCCGCCUCUCCCACACGCGCCGCUGGUGCUCACCCGAUCAGCGCGAUCAAGCCGGAGGACCGCUCGAAUUCUCGUACGAGCUACACGCCAAUCCCGAACUAUGGAUGGUGGGCGGUCGACGGCGCGGGAACUUUACGGCCAGCGAAGGCGAAAGCAAAACAUUUGCUAUCAUGUUACUACCACAGAAGGCUGGGCAUUUACUUCUUCCGGGACUAGAGAUCCGAAGUUUUGUAUCCCCGGGUACCAGUACGCAGUCGCCGUCGCCGUCGACCACGAUCGCGGCCACGGUGGCGGGGGUCCCAGCGGUGACAACACCAGGGUCAGCGCCCGUUCAGCGCCGGCCGAUUGCGUGCGAGGUCGACUACCGGAAUCAUGGCGAGACCAUACAGGUAUUACCAGAUCUUCGCAGCACGACGGUAAGUCUCAGUCUAUCGACGGGAGGACACGGGGGGGCGUGGUUAAUUGAUUCGGAACGACGUGUAUAAAAACCAUUCUUGGAUUCGAAAAUAUAUAUAAUAAUAAUG